AUGCCAUAUUCAAAUUCUUCAGAGAUCAUCACAGCUGGUGCCACCACGCGCGGCGAGGAUGAAGAAGCCGACCGGGUCCCCGGCCUCGAGUUUCGAAUCCCUAGCGACAACUCGAUCAGCUCCAUGCGGCUGAGCGUGUCCUCGCCCAGACGCUCGUUCGCGUCCUCCACGGCCCUCUCCUCGCCGGCGUCCAGCGGGUACUUGACCGGCGCGUCGUUCGAUCCGAGGAAGAUGCGGGUAUCGAAGAGGAGCAGCUCGUGGCACCGGAGGAGGCUGGUGGUCGGGCUGGCGGUUUUGCUGGGGUUCUUGUUCGCCAUGAAUUGGUGGAUGCUUUCCCGGAUCCAGGAGCCGGGUCGGAGGCGUGGGGGUUUCAAGGUGAAGAUAUUGAGGGCGAACAAGACUACUGUGUUCAUCAAGGAAGAACUUCAAAAACUUGGAAGAGGGAAAAAACCUCAGAAAACUAUAUACGCAAGGCUUUUGGCCAAGGCUGCUCAUGCAUUAGCUGAUGGAGAGAGCAAACCUGAGCCUAAGGAGUUGUGGUUGGAACCUUAUGCCCGUGCUUCUUCUUGGACCCCUUGUGCUAAUAAACGCAGUUGGCAACCUAGUGAGGGUAAGACUGGUUAUAUAAUGGUCACAGCAAAUGGUGGGAUAAAUCAGCAGCGAGUUGCUGUCUGCAAUGCUGUUGCCGUUGCCAGAUUACUUAAUGCGACCCUUGUUCUUCCCAAAUUUAUGUACAGCAGUGUCUGGAGAGAUGCUAGUCAGUUCGGCGAUAUUUAUCAGGAGGAUCAUUUCAUCAACUACUUGAAGCCUGAUAUACCAAUUGUCAAGAAUCUUCCUAAGGAGUUACAGUCCUUAGAUUUGGAGGCAAUUGGUAGUCUGGUUAUGGACACAGAUAUUAUGAAAGAGGCUAAACCAAGCUUUUACUUGAAAUACAUUCUUCCGUUAUUACACCUCAACAGAGUCGUUCAUUUUGUUGGAUUUGGGAACAGAUUAGCAUCUGAUCCUAUACCACAUCCCUUGCAGAGGCUUCGGUGCAGAUGCAAUUUUCACGCCCUAAGAUUUACCCCUAAAAUACAAGAAGCUGGUGCGAUGCUUAUUCGGAGGAUGCGUCAAAAUGAAAAAGGUUUGGGACGUCUCGACCCUUAUCUUGUGGGCCCAUUUGCGCACUCAAUAAUGAAGAGGCAAAAAGGUCGUGCAGCUAAAACAUCCAAGUACCUGGCCUUACAUCUGAGAUUUGAAAUUGACAUGGUGGCUCAUUCAUUGUGUGAAUUUGGUGGAGGUGAGGAAGAAAUGAGAGAAUUGGAGGCAUAUCGACAAAUUCACUUUCCUGCAUUGGUGGAACUAAAGAAAACUAAAAAGUUCCCUUCCCCAACAGAACUAAGAUCUGAAGGUCUAUGUCCAUUGAUGCCAGAGGAGACAGUUCUUAUGCUUGCUGCCCUUGGGUUCAACCGGCGGACCCACAUAUAUUUAGCCGGUGCACAAAUUUAUGGAGGGAGUUCGAGAUUGGCAGCACUAACAACCCUGUUUCCAAAUAUGGUCACCAAAGAAAACUUGCUUUCUGCAGAUGAAAUGCAGCCAUUUGCAAAUUACUCAUCUCAGUUAGCCGCGCUUGAUUUCAUUGUAUGCUCGGCUGCCGAUGUAUUUGCCAUGACGGAUUCCGGAAGUCAAUUUUCUUCUUUAGUAGCUGGUUAUCGAAUUUAUUAUGGUGGGGGAAAAAUGCCUACGAUACGGCCGAACAAACGCCGGCUUGCCGACAUUUUCGUGAAAAACAACACCAUCGAGUGGAAGGUGUUUGAGACGAGAGUGAGGAAAGCAGUGAGACAAAACAAACGAGUAUUUUCACGGCCUUUGGGAAGGAGUGUAUAUAGAUAUCCACGGUGUCGGGAUUGCAUGUGCCAUGCUGAAUGA